GCAAGCAUAUAUAAAAUCAGUUGAUUAAUAGAACAUAAAAAAAACUAUUCAUUUUACCUUGUAUUGAACUUCAACGAGUUAAAGGACAAUAAAAACAAUAACUAAUAUUUAAAUUUUAGAACCAUUGACAGAGCGGCUUAUGUUUGAAUCUACUCUUCCACCCUUACCAAUUUUUCGCCUAAAAUUAAUUAAAAAAAAAAGGAAAAGCUGAAACUUAAGGUUUCUUUUCAUCAUAAUAUAAAAUAUUAUAAACUCAACUCGAUCAAAACGUAGUAACAAAUGAGUUAGGUGAUGGCUAUAUGUACCAGAUAGAUACGAUUAUCAGAUAAUGAAAAAAUAAAAGGGAAAAAAGAAAAGACAAAAACUUAAGUUCGCAGAAAAGGACUCCAAAAACGAAGGGUUUCUCAAUUUAUGUUAUUCACUUUGCCUAUAAAUUGAAAAGCAUCCUCCAAAAUAAAUGUCUGAAUCCAUCAAUCCAUAUACAUACACAUAUACAUAUAUAUACACACACAACAAGAAUAGAAUAUGGGUUCUAAUGGAGAGGCAAAUUAUUUCAGUGUCACAGUGAGCAAGGAGGAGGUGGUGGCAGCCGUACUACCAUCGCAGGAACAUUGGCUGCCACUCUCGAACCUAGACUUGCUUCUCCCCCAACUUGAUGUCGGGGUUUUCUUCUGUUACAAGAAGCCAAAGAUGGGUUUUGGGUCCAUGGUAAGUGUUCUUAAGAAGGCCAUGGCUGAAGCUCUGGUGUUAUACUAUCCCUUUGCCGGUGAGGUUGUGGCUAACCCAUUGGGUGAGCCUGAGCUUUUGUGCAACAACCGUGGCGUGGACUUUUCUGAGGCUUUUACUGAUGCUGAGCUUGUAGACCUCAACUUGUAUAAUCCUGAUGUCUGCAUUGACGGCAAAAUUGUACCUGAAAAGAAGAAUGGUGUUUUUGCCGUCCAGGCGACAGAAUUGAAAUGUGGAGGAGUUGUGGUGGGAUGCACAUUCGAUCAUCGCAUAGCAGAUGCCUACUCAACCAACAUGUUUCUUGUUUCAUGGGCAGAAGCAGCUCAAUCCAAACCUAUAUCAACUACUCCAUCCUUGAGACGAUCUUUACUAAACCCUAGACGUCCUGGUCACAUCCACCCUUCUCUUGACAACAUUUACCUACCCAUCUCCUUAUUUGCACUACCCAAAGAUCCUAAAACCAAUAAUCUUGAUGAUCAUGACCAUCUUAUUAGUCGGAUAUACUACGUUAAAGCAGAUGAACUUACUCAACUACAAUCUCUUGCUAGCUCUAAUGGAAACAAAAGGACCAAACUCGAGUCAUUUAGUGCGUUCUUGUGGCAACUGAUUGCCCAAUGUGCUAGCAAAAAUAAUACCAAAAAUGGGAAGACAAAAGUAUCAAAGAUGGGGAUUGUUGUGGAUGGAAGGAGUAGGUUAUUAAGUGAUGACAAGAUGUGUACUUACUUUGGAAAUGUCCUUUCCAUACCAUAUGGUUGCAUGAAAAUUGAUGAACUUAUUGAACAUAAGCUGAGUUGGGUAGCAAAUAAAGUCCAUGAUUUCUUGGAAAGUGAAGUGACAAAGGAACACUUCUUGGGGCUGAUUGAUUGGGUAGAAGCACAUAGGCCAGAGCCAGCAGUUUCUAAGAUAUAUGCAAGCAAUAAGGAAGAUGGACCAGCUUUUGUGAUAUCUUCAGGACAAAGAUUUCCUGUUUGUGAAGUGGAUUUUGGAUGGGGUAUCCCUGCUUUUGGGUCAUAUCAUUUCCCUUGGGGUGGAAAUACAGGUUAUGUAAUGCCAAUGCCUAGUCCAGCAGGGAAUGGUGAUUGGGUAUUGUACAUGCAUCUAUUUAGAGAGCAACUGGAAUUCUUAGAGAUUGAAGCUGCCAGCUUUUUCAAGCCCUUUGAACUGUGAUAAUCUUAAAGCAAGUAUUUCCAUCAGGCUAGCUUGUUUAACAGUUAUCCUUAAAUUAAACCAUGUUUUCUCUUUGUUUUGUACAAAGAAGUUUAUGGAUGUUCAUUUUCCAGGCGUGAUAAUUUCCAGACAUCACAAUUCGAGCAGUUAAAUUAAUUAGCAUCACUUGAUGUACUGUCACUGUCUUGGAAGAGAUGUGCAAUGAUCCAGUAAUUAAUGCCUAAAAUGAGUUGAAAUGUUAUUAUCA